GGGAGAGAGACAUUGAUCACAUUUUGAACAUGCAUUGUUAAUUCAGAUAUUCGAACGAUUUGUUUUGUUUACAAACAGUUCGAACGUUCUAAAAAACCAAUUUGAGAUAUCUGAUACAGAAAAGUUAAUCUAUAAAAUGCAGCGGUUGAUUUAAUAUAGUGACAAAGGCUAUUGUCAUAUGACCAUUGUUUAUAUGGCUGUAUUACUGACUGAUAGUACAUUUAUUAUUUAUAAUAAUUUCUUUUUAUUGUGAUUUUUAGUUGCAUAUACAAAGAAAAACACAAAGAGAUGUUAUUAGAACCAAUAAAUUUAUAGAAUGCAUGGAAAGAAUUUUUUUGAAAUGCUAACACAUGGUAAUUUUUUUGCAUGAUUUCGCUAGAAUUUAAAGAAAAGUAUAUUUUCUUAUUUCUUACCCUUUGCUGACUGAUGUUAAAACUUUAGAAAGAUUUUAUAUACUGGGUGUAUCUUAUAUUUUCCUACUAGUGCAUUCAUCUCCACAUUUUUCAUUGGUUUAUAUAUAGCUAUAACCUUUUACGAUCCUGGUUGGUUAAUAUUAUUUUGUAAUUCUUAAAUAAUAAAAUGGAGUCUGUUGAAUCGAAUGAGAUAGUAUUCCGUUCUAAAGAUAAAGAAUUUGCUGCUCACGAGACUAGUUUUGUUAACGCAAGAUCGUUAACACCUCAACUGGAAUCAAAUUCAGAAAUUCCAGAACGGUUACUGCAUGUCCCUGCUAAAUUACGACACACUGAGGAAAGUCCGACAGAAGCCGCACAGCGUCGUAAAGCUAGACGGGCAGUCGUUUCGAGUCCAUUAAUAAAUGAAAACGACAAUAACCACAAAGUAAAAAACGUCGCAGAAAGUGUCAAUUAUCGGGAAGCUGGAUUAAAAAAACUAAAAUCCACCUCUUGGGAAUCGCUUGCCCGGUGGUCAAAAGAAAACGAUUUUUUAUUUACAAUUAUCGAGGACGAAGCAAAUUGGUUAUCCCGAUUAUUUCCCAACGACCCUAUCUACGCUGAUAAGUUUUUUGACAUGCUACAAGACGGUGUACUACUUUGCAAAUUAGCUCGCCUUUGUCAACAAUAUGCCGAAGAUUUAGCCGAAAAAAACAACAAAAGAAUACCUUCUUUUACCAUAUUUAUACAUCCUCGUUCAAGGUGUCAAGGAAAACUCGGUAAAUUUUUAAGUCGUGAGAAUGUAGAGUUAUUUUUAAAAUGGUGUCGCCACCAUAGAAUACCAGAGCCAUUGCUAUUCGAGUCAAAUGACGUUGUUGAUAAAACAGAACAAGAUGGCUUGAGAGAUAAUGCGCGGGAAAUUGUGUUAUGUUUAAUGGAGGUAGCCAGAUUGGGUGUAAAAUUCGGAGUGGAGCCUCCAACAUUGUUAUUACUAGAACAAGAAAUAGAAUUAGAGGAACAACAAGAUAGUUCACUGGAUGGAAGCAUAAGUCCAGUUUCAGUGGAUUCCGGUGUUGACACUACAGACCUAUUUCAAUACAAUAACACACGGGAACGCGCAAAUUCAAAACCCGAUAGAGAAAAACAUGAUUCCACUUGCGAAGGCUCUUCAACGCAUGGAGCAAAAUACAAAAGAAAUGUUUACCUGGAUUCAAGAGAAAAGCAAAAAAGUUUAGACUCCACGCUUCAGGUUCGUGCUAGAACCAAUAUACGAUUAGGUGCACGUCAAAAAAGUUUAGACUCUGCCCAAAGCAUGCAUAAAAAAAGUGAAGAAGACAUCUGUUUGCAAGAAACGACAGAAUUUAGUAGGUAUUUGACUUCGUCGCGUUUUAAUAAAGAUCUGGAUGAAGGGUCAAGGUUUGUUGGAGUUUUGUAUCCGCACGACGGAGGAGAGAGAAAUUUUUUAUCAAGUAAACAAACUAAACUAGUCCAAUAUGAAGUUUAUAAUGAUGAUGUAAACACUAGCCUGGAUGAAAACACAGAUCGGCAAAAAAUGACUUUGAAUUUAAAGGAUGAAAGCGAUCACAGAACACGGUCUAGUUCAGAUGGUAGAUUGGAUUUUACUUCAAAAAGUCUUCAAGAACAAGAAAAUCACAAUACUAUCAACGAUUUCGAUACAGUCGAUUCCUCCUAUCAACGUUAUCGAAUGGAACGAACUGACAGUGAUGCAAGCGGUGGAGAAAACGGACUUACUGGAAGAGAAAAAUAUCGACGUAGAAAGACUAGCACCACAACGAAACAAAGCAAUGAUGGUGGAGGACAACCUACGGAACGACAAAGAAGAAAAUCAAGUGGUUACAUUAAGACUGAACUCCACCGAAAGGUGACGAGUAUAUUGGAGUCAUACAACAUUCAGACAACACAACGUUUAAAAGAAGGAAAAUACAUUAUUCUUGGAAGGAUUAUAUUUGUCAGGCUUUUGAACAAUCAUUGUAUAGUUCGUAUAGGCGGAGGUUGGGACACACUGGAGCACUAUUUGAUGACACAUGUUUCAAAAGUUGCUCCAGAUUCAUUUGAAAGCGAAGCGACUGGAUCACCAGCAUCAGUGAGGCAAGGUAGAAAGAAGUCUGGGAACUUGUUACGUCAUCGUAAAAACGCUUUUUUAACUGCGUCGACGCCAAAUUUGCUUCACAUAGACAAUUCACCAGACAGUAGUGUUCGAAACACACCUUCGAGGACUCGCUCACCCUCACCGAAUCGUUCCAAAGAUCCUUACGAACAAGAGAAAGCAUUAAGACGACACGAUGAUCGGAAAAUAUCACAGGCUAUAUUGAGAGUACAAGCUGAUGUUGUAGGAGGGUGCCUUAAAAAAGCCACCUCACUAGACUGGACACAUUUAAAAGACAAAGAGUUUACCUUACACAAAUAUUCUUCCAUAACACCAAUUGCAAAAUCAAAACUUAAACUUAUUAGGAAAAUGGCUGAUAUUGAUAUUGAAACAGCCAAUCAAAGUAAAACUUUAAACGAUUCUACCAAUGAAAAUGAAUCUCUAAACGAUUCAACCAAUAAUAACGAAGAACUUCCUCAAGUGACGCGUGAGCCGCCAACUCCAACUGUAGAAGAAGUUGCUAACCCCUUGGAUGAAAAAACAAAAAACCCUAACGAUAAAAAAGCAAAGGAGAUUAAAAAGGCGACAAAAACAACAUCAACAACAAUCAAACAAACCAAAACAACAACAACAACAACAAAAAACACGAAACCAAGUUCUACCGGUUUAAGAACCACAAAAAAACCGACUGAAACUAAAGUUAACGGCACCGUCAAAGCAACUUCUAAUACGUCAAAAGCAACACCAACGAUGAAGUCGAAAACCACAGCAGCUUCAUCCAGUAGAGUUCCUUCCAAAACAACCACAACGAGAGCAGCACCUAAAUCUGCACCCCCUUCAACAAGCAAACCUUUGGUGAAAAAAACUGAUGUAACUAAACCUACUAGUAGGCCUGCAUCAACAUCUUCAGUUUCGAAAACUACAUCAAAGAAAGCUGACACCACAAAAACACCAAAGUCAAAUUUGACAACAACUAAAACAACCAAAUCGUCACCGGUUAAUACCACUGGAAAAGUAAAUAAAACUACGGCAACGAAAACGAGUACGGCGGCUUCAAAAUCGACUUUAUCUGCAAAAAGUACUACAACAGCAAGAACUUCAGUAUCACAAAAACCUACAAAGACAGAUUCACCAGGUUCAACCAAAUCUGCCACGUCGGUUAGUAAAACCACCGCUGCUAAAACAACCGCUGCCAAAACCACUGCUGCUAAAACCACCGCUUCUAAAACCACUACAACUAAACCGUCUUCUGCAAACAAAACAAGUGUGAAACCAACCACAACGAAACCAGCAGCUAAAACCUCAAGCACUUUGACCAAAACAAAACCAGCUUCCACAAAACCAACCCGAGUGGGGACUGCUUCUCCUCCAAAAAAGACAACUUCUAAACCAACAGCAAAGGUGUCUCCAACAAAAAAACCUGUCUCUUCGAAGCAAGCAAAAACAGAUGAAAAAGUCAUAUCAGCUGUUUCUGAAACUAAAACUGCGGAAAUUACAGAAGCCGAAAAAAUAAUAGUCGUUCCAACAGCGGAAAUAAUAGACGAUGAAGGAAAAAAAGAAGCAAUUCAUACAAUAAUACAAACUGUUGAAAGUAUCGAACAAACUGUUGGUGACGCAGAUAAAAAAUUGACGGAAGAUAGAUCACCUGAAACUUGCAAUGAUACAAACUUGCCAUCAGAUGCUGCAUUACCAACUGAAGUUGACGACAAGUCACACUCAUCAGAACCAGCUGAAGAUAGUCCAAGUGUACUUAAAACAAUAGAGAACACCAUUCCACAAAGUCAAAACGAAGCUCCUGAUGAGUCUACUCAAGAGGAGAAAAACGAUGAAACGAUAACUGAUACGAUGGGCGAGCAAAAUGAACAAGAAAUAGAACAAACUUCUAACCAACCAAUUAGUUCAGAUUCUGAAACAAGCGGAAAAACAGAUUCUGAAACAACGGAGGAAACAGAAACACACGGUGAAGCUGAUAAAGAAAAUGAGGGAAAAGAGGAAGCAUCGGAAAUCAAAGCAACUGAACGUGAAGAAAUGGUACCGGUAGUCGAAGAAAAUGCAAAAGAAACGGCUGAAUUAUUUGAAGAAAGUGCGCCACCAUCUGAAGAAAUAGUUGAGGAAAUCACACAGGAAAAAGAGGAAGGUGCACACUUAGAUGCAUCGCAUUUGGCUGCGCGUGAUUUUGAUUUAUACUGCGUGACUCCACUAGAUCGCGCACAAUACGAUAGUGAUUACGAACACACGCCAUUGUCACCUGCAGGCUCACCUGUUAAAAAGCCAAUACCAAGUGAGUUGGACUUACUGCCCUCUGAAGAUGCUGUCGAAACGGAAGAGUUGUUCAAUGAUGACUCCACUCCACUCUCUGAUGUUGCAACGUGUAACACAGAACGACCCAGUAGCCAAGUUUUGUCUCCAAGUGAAGAAAAUGCUCUCUGUGAACAAGACGGUGAAGGACGAACUGGGAGACUUGGUUACGCUGACGAAACUGCGUUGAUAUUAGACGCAGCAACACAGCAAAAUAUGGAUGAGGUGGUGGCUGAAACGAGAAAUGACACAGAAGAAGGAGAAGCUCUGGCAACCAGUGACUUACCGAGUGACAUUGUUAGUGAAGGGAGUAACACAGAUGAUAGUCAUGAGAUAGCAGUCGAAAACAAGAAUGUAAGUGAGGAUGCUGUAAUUGAUGAAACUGUAACUGGGAAUAAUGAGGAGGCCCUUCAGGAUAAAGAAGGUGCAACAGAAAAAGACAGUAAUUUGAUUACAGAUAACGUUCUAAGUGACAAUAUUGAAACUGAAGAUGGCGAAGGGGUGAUUUCUGCUGAAGGAGAUGAAAUUGAAAACGAGCCUGAAUCGGUUAUGGACAACGCUAUAAAUGAAGAAGUUGCAAAUAAACAUGAUGAAGACGAAAUUCAAGAUGAAAGGAUUGCAAAUGAAAUAGAUAAUAAUUCGACUGCAGAAAAGGAUGAAGCUGAAGAAACUGCAAAUGAGAAUGACAAAGACACAAUUUGUGAAGAAGCAACUGUAGCUGAAAAAGACAGUGACUCCGUUGCUGACAAGACUGAGACUAAAGAAAAUGCAGGUAAAUAUGGCGAAGAUGCAAUUCAGGAUGCAACUGAAAAAGACAGCGAAUCGGUUACUGACAAGGUUGAAACAGAAGAGUCCGUGAAUGAAGAUAAUGGUGAAGCAGUUCCUAAUGAAGGGGUUGCAACUGAAAAGGACAGUGAUUCAUCUACAGACAAGGUUGAAACUGAAGAGUUCGUGAAUGAAAAUAAUGGUGACACAAUUCCUGAUGAAGGGGUUGCAACUAAAAAGGACAGUGAUUCGGCUGCAGACAAGGUUGAAACAGAAGAGUCUGUGAAUGAAGAUAAUGGUGACGCAAUUCCUGAUGAAGAUGUUGCAAUUGGAAAGGACAGUGAAUCGACUACCGACAAGGUUCAAACAAAAGAGCCUGUAGAUAAAGAUAGUUGCGACACAAUGCGUAAUGAAGAAGAUGUAGUUGACAAAGACAGCGUAUCUAUUGGAGAAGACGAACCUUCAGUUAAAGUUGACGAAGCUGAGAAUGUUGUUGUUGACGUCGAGGAAAAACGAGAAGAAAAGGAAAAUGCUGAAUCUGAGGUAGAGAACACUAACGAACAUAUACCGAUAAAGACAGAUAACGACAACGAAGCAAUCCAAGGAGACGCCCCGGCUUUGGAAGAUGACGUGACGGCGGACGACAACAAAGUUGCUGAAGGGGAAGGAAAAGUAAGCAAAUGUGAGGAAGUCAACACGAAGGAAGAAGUUUUACCUUUGGAAGAAGUAGACGUCGAACAUGGAGAGGAAAGAGAAGAGAGUCAGGGUAAAAUGGAAAUAGAUGAGCUUGUACUUAACGAUCAAGAGAUUCCACCAGUUGAGAAAUUGCCUGAUGCUUUGAUGGAAGCGUGGAGUGCUGAAACAGAGGACGCAGAAGUUAGUAGUCAAUAUGAUUCUGCUGAAAUUAAGCAAAAUGAAGAAACAGAAGAGAAAACUGAAGACACAGAGGUUGAAGAAAAUACCACAUUGUUCAAGAAAAGGAUUUUACUAACUGAAGAGUCUAUGGAAGUACAUUGUGGAAGCACUAGUGUUUCACCAGGAGAUGGAAAGGUGAGCACGCAUGAUUUUGAAGCUGAAGACACAAUUGAAGAAGAAAGCGUCCAAAAAAUUAAGGAUGAAGACGUAUUUGACCAAAAAGAAGACGACAACACCAAUGACACGUCAAAUAACGCACGACAAAAUCACGAUGAUGAUGAUGAUGAUGAUGAUGGGGAUAAUACCCAAAGUGAAGAAAAUAGGGAAGUGAAAAUUGAGGAAGACACUGCAGCGGAGGAAGUCGAGGAUCCUACCAAUGAAGAAGAAAGCGAAAACAACGACGAUGACGACGACGCCGAAGGGAAUAUGGCAUCUGAUGUCUCAACAACUGAAAUUCAAACCACCGUUGUUGUUGAACAUUCGUCAACAGUCGUAAGUACCUCGGUUGAAAACGGUAAAAUAUUAAUGGGCGAAUACGCAGGCGAAGAAGAAAACGACGAAGAGUCGGAGGAUUCCGAAGAAGCCGAUUCUCCCAAUCACCACGUUAUGUUACGACAAUCAUCGAGUCAUACCGCUAAUCACACGAUAUACACGACAGAAGAAAUCGAAACACACGAAGGAGAGUUAAUCGAUAACGACGAAAACUUCCACGAGAAAUCUAUUGAUGGUCUCGUAGAAAGUCUCGAUUCAACUGAGAAAUUACAGCCAGAUGAAGUCAUUUUCAACAAAUUCGUAUCAGAUGAAAAGGAAAGCGGAGAAUUAAACAUAAAAUCGAGUAUUGGUGAAGUUGACAGUAAUCAGAAUCCAUGCUUUGAUGAUUUGGAAUCCUAUUAACAUCUCAACGAAACGACACGUUACGAUGCGAUACGCAGAACUCUGUACUCUGCUCGAAAACUAAACAAACUUCUUAUGAGAACGUUUCAAACUUAGAUAGUGACAAGAAAUUUUUUUGUAUGAGUCAAAACAAACAUAUUUUAAAAUCAUAGAAGAAAUUUUUUAAUUUUCUCGAGAAACCCAUGAGUCUAUUAGGACAUUCCCCCUCCCCGUUUGAUUUCCACCAACCUCGUUUCCAGUGUCUAAUAUCAAAAGGCGUCAUAGUUCGUUACAAAAGAAUGCUCAAGCAACGUAAUUUUGUUAUGCUACGAGUAAGCAUUAAAAACUUCUACUACUAAUAUAAACCUUUUUUAUUCAUUAGUUGUGUUAUUUAUUAGUUUUGUUUUAUGUUGAAUUUAUUUAUUGAAAAAUAGACAGCGUAUAUUUUUUUUAACUUCUUCACACUGUUAAGAAAAGUUCUUAAAAUUUAUUCCUAUUUCAGGGCAGCUUGUUCGAAAUUUUUUACGACAAUAAGGAGUCUGUGAUCUAGGUUGUCUUCCUAUAUAUUUGUUUUUCUGCACAAAUUUUUCAUUUAUGUAAAUAUCUUAUUGUGGAUUCAAAGUAUUAUUAAAAAUUAGACAUUUGUUUAUA